AUGAAGGCCGUCCGAUCCAGUUCGAUACCCCUCCUCCCCCUUCCCCCUCGCUUCCUCCUCCUAAUGGCCAUCCAGCCCCCCUCCCCCUUCCCCGUCGCUUCCUCCUCCUUCGGGCCAUCCGGCCCUCCUCCCCCUUCCCCCUCGCUUCCUCCUCCUAAGGGCCAUCCAGCCCUCCUCCCCCUUCCCCCUCGCCUCCUCCUCGUUUGGGCCAUCCAGCCCUCCUCCCCCUUCCCCGUCGCCUCCUCCUCGUUCGGGCCAUCCAGCCCUCCUCCCCCUUCCCCCUCGCAUCUUCCUCCUAAGGGCCAUAUAGCCCUCCUCCCCCUUCCCCCUCGCCUCCUCCUCCUUCGGGCCAUCCAGCCCUCCUCCCCCUUCCCCCUCGCUUCCUCCUCCUAA